UGAUGGAGGGUCAAUUGCUCGAAUAAAGCACAAAGCACCGGUGGUGUGUGCACGGUCGGUCGGCUGGUCGUGACGAGUCGAACGCUCCAACAGACGAUUGCGCUAUAUACAAACCCAACGGCAGGCAAGGCCAGUUGCUGCAAACCAGUGAAUGAAGAAAAGCUAUGGUGUGAUUUCUUGCAAUCUUUGAGCCGUGUUUGAAUUGUUUUUGCAACACAUAGAAGCAAGGAAAAGAAAAGUGAAAACACAACAGAGCGCUUGAGUAGGCAGGCAGGCAGGAAAAGUGGAAAAGUGAAGCAAAGAAGAGUGGCCUGCUGUUGAAAAAGUGGUGUGACAAAACCGAUCAAAAACAAAAGUGUGCCAUUCCUUCCAGACGAAUCUCUUCUCUCAGCGACGGUUGUGCCGUUUGUGUGCUGUGUGCGGUUCCUCUUUGUUGUUUGACAUCACUCUCUAGCACACGUCACCCAACAUGCCUCCAUCGCGCCUGGACGGGCUCUAUCGCUCGCUGCUGCUGACCAAGUUCUUCUGCAAAGGAUGGGGCAAGCCGGAAAAUCUCGAAAGGUUGUUUGCCUUCCGAAAGAUCAUCUCGAACCGGGCCGCCUGCUCGCAGCUGGUGCCACGUGACUACCCGGUGGAGAUUACCAAGGAGGAGAUCCACUCGGACUGCAAAAUAUUGGAGGGCAAGUUCAUAUCGCCGCUGGAAAUCUACAUGCCCGGGCUGGUGCCGGACGUGGCACAGAACGCUCACUUCCAGAUACUGCUGCCGCUGAAGUGGAACGAUGAGCGAUACAAGCCAAUUUGCAUCCAUCUGGCCGGCACCGGGGAUCAUUACUACUGGAAGCGACGGAAUCUGAUUGCCAAACCGCUGCUGAAGGAAGCGAAUUUGGGUGCAAUUAUCUUAGAAAACCCUUUCUACGGUUUGCGCAAACCGAAAGAGCAACGUGCAUCCAGCCUGCAAAAUGUGUCGGACAUUUUCGUCAUGGGCGGUUGCCUGGUGCUGGAAUCGCUCGUCCUGCUGAACUGGUGCGAACGCAACGGGUACGGCCCGCUCGGCAUCACCGGACUGUCGAUGGGCGGCCAUAUGGCCUCGCUGGCGGCCACGAACUGGCCGAAACCGCUCGUGCUCGUACCCUGCCUGUCCUGGUCGACGGCCUCGGCCGUGUUUACCGAGGGCGUCAUGAGCCAUUCCAUCAGCUGGGACGUGCUGGAGACGCAGUACUUCGCCGACGGUAACUUCCGCGAGCGGCUCUCCAAGAUGGUGACCGUGGUGGAUGACGCAUUUGUGGCCGGCAAGCAUUUCAUACAGAACUUCAACCAGUCGGUAGAGGAGCUGCGGCAGGACAUUGACGAAACGAGCGAUCUCGUGUGCGGCGAUCCGUCCACGGACGUCAACCUGACCGUGAUCCGCGAAACUACGCCCGAGCACGAGCAGAAGAAAAAUCUCAUCCACAUCAACCGGUCGAACGCGCUCAACCUGUCCGAGCCGCUGCUCAACAAGCUGCUCUCGAACGUGCGCUGCGAGCUGACGCAGGAAGAGAUCGACGAGCUCAAUGUGAAGAUCCACCUGGCGCUCAAGCGCCACAACGAGGAGCUGCAGGCGGAAGGUGGUGCUACUACCGCCCCGAGCGGCUCCAAGACGGUGCUACUGGAGGUGAAGGCAGAAGGGAAAGCCGUCACACCGACGGUGGUGCCCGCCAUCGCUCCUGCCGCCUCAAAGUCCGUGGGUACGAAAAUCAUGGAAUACAUCAGCUGGGGCUCCUCCUCGACGGCGGACGGCGCCGCGGCGGAAGAGAAACGCAUCCCGAUCGACACGACCAAGCAGCGGUGGUGGGAACGGGAAGCGCUACAGUUCAUGCGCGGCAUGAUGGACGAAUGUACGCACCUGAAGAACUUCUCCGUACCGUACGACACCUCGCUCAUCAUUGCCGUCUGCGCGAAGGACGAUGCGUACAUUCCGCGCGAUGGCUGCACCAGCCUGGAGGACAUUUGGCCCGGCGCCGAAAUUCGAUACCUCGACGCGGGCCACGUCAGCGCGUACGUGCUGCACCAGAAGCUGUUCCGCUCGUGCAUUAUCGAGGCGUUUGAGCGGGCGAAGAAAAAGUGGGUCCCGGAGGGGGAACAGUUGCGCAAACAGGUGAACGGUGCGCGAACGGGCAACAGCCCAUCCACCACGGUUGAGGGUGAUGUGCCGGAAGGGCCACCGAAAUAGGCGACCAGCGCUAGCUAACCGGGGUGGGACAAAAACCAAAGAUACACAGAGUAAAUGCUGCUGCCUUCAGCCACAGCUCCUGCGAAAGCCUCCGCAAUCAUUGGAAAACGGGGGCGGGGGACAUCAACCGGAUUGCCGGGAAACUAAACAGUCAGGGUGUGCCGCCGUCGUCACUCUCAGCUCCGGGGGGAGAGCAGUAGCGAACGUUUAAGCGGACGUUCUGAAACUCGCAAAACAAACGAUCUGCUGUAUUAUAUGGUUCGUUUGCACGGGCCACGAACGCUUCAGUCGAUCCGGCACCCCGGUUUUCAAGGGGCGCAGGACGAAAACGUACAAAAAAAAAGCGAGAAAAUGAGCCGC